AUGAGGCCGCGUUACUCCCUUCGUCUGGCAGACCGAAUUAGGAAGCUACAAGCGGCAGUUGCUUCAAAAGGACUGCAAGAACACCGACCUCCUGCUGACUCCAUGUCUAGGAAUCCCAUCCGCAAGGCUAAAAUGGAUGGCGGUAAACGAGGGGGACAACCUGCCAGUAUGGCUCUGACACAGGAGCCUCCUCCAGUUGAAAGAGGAAUGAUGGUGUGGUUUAAAUUUCAAGACCACCCAUUCUGGCCGGCCAUGGUGAAGAGUGUCAGCGCGUCGGAGAAGACCGCACGGGUGCUCUUGAUUGAGGCAGACCUGUGCCGGGAGAGGAGCGACAUCCGAGUUCCUCUUCGAAGACUGAAGCACCUGGAUUGCAGAGAGAAAGACAGACUCCUGCAGAGAGCCAGGAAAGUGCACGAGCAAGGUGUUAACUGGUGUUUCUCCCUCAUCUCCCACUACACACAAGCCAUCGGCCACGGUUCCUUCGUGGGCUCUUUCCUGGACUAUUAUGCCGCCGAUGUCAGCUACCCACUCAGGAAAGCCAUCCAAGAGGGCCCGCUGGAGAUUGACUUUCCAAAGGUGAACUAUGCCGACCUGGAAGACUCUGAGGAGGAGACCUCCGUGCACAGGAAGAGGCCCUGCAAGAGGAUUCUCCCCGACAGGAUGAGGGCCGCUCGGGACCGGGACAACCGCAAGCUGGUGGACUUCAUCGUGAAGAGAAGGGGGGCCGACCACCACCUCCAGGACAUCUUGAAGGGCAGGAAACAGUCCAGGUGGCUGACAUCAUUUCUGAAUUCACCUAGGCACGUGCUCUGCGUUGAAACGUACUUGGAGGAUGAGGACCAGUUGGAUGUGGUGAGGAAACAUUUACAAGAAAUCUACACACAAAUGGACAACACCAUGCUGAGUCUCAUAAGAGACGACAAAGUAAAUUUUGUUCUGGAAGUUCUCCUGCCAGAAGCAAUCAUUUGUUCCAUCGCAGCACUUGAUGGGCAGGAUAACCAGGGGGCAGAAGAAAAGUAUCUGCGAGGGCACCCCGUGUACUACAGUGAGAAAGUGCUAUUUAACAGAAACGUCAUAAAGGAAAGGAGAAAGAGAUCAGCAACCAUGAGGACGGCUAACUAGGUCUCCUC